AUCCUAAUUCUCGGAAUGCCCAAACAAAUCCACCCCACCACUUUUCUUUUAUUUUAUCUUAAAAAUUUUUUAUUUUUGCUUUUGCUUUUGCUUUAGCUAUUGCUAUUGUUAUUGCUAUUGCUUCCCAUUUGGAUUAGGGUUUCUUCUUGCUUCACCUUCUUCGUCUUGGAGUGAAAAAAGCUGAUACCCUUCCCGAUCUCUUCUACUAGCCGUUAACUUCUCCAUUUUCCCGCCAAUUUUAGCUUCUCUUUACCCAUUUCUUUACUUGUUUUUUUCAACUCCUUUGCUUUCCGCUUCCUUCUGUCGUUUUUCGCUGCCGGUGUCUUUUGGAAUUCCUUUUUACCGUUGCUCCAUCUGACCUUGGCGGGAAAUGUCUACGCUCGAUGCCGGUUCCGAGGUCGAGGAGGUUAAGGAGAAGCAAGAUAAGGCAGGGGAGCUUUUGUUCUGUGGUGCUACCUCCUGGGAUAUAAUUGGUCGGAAAAAAGGUCCCGUUGAAGGAAACUUGGUCUCUCCCACUCGCCUUCGUCCGCUUGUCGGCGUUGACAUUCGUUUUGUUGCUUCUGGUUGCACAUCGUGUCAUUGUGUGGCAUUGGACGUGGAAGGGCGUUGCUAUACCUGGGGACGCAAUGAGAAAGGUCAAUUGGGUCAUGGAGAUUUGAUUCAACGAGAUAGGCCUACUAUUGUAUCUGACCUUUCGAAGUACAAGGUGGUUAAAGCUGGAGCAGGGAGAAACCACACUGUUGUGGUCACUGAUGAUGGAAAUUCUCUAUCCUUUGGUUGGAACAAACAUGGCCAGUUGGGUACAGGUUCAAUAAAAAAUGAGAUUGAGUUCUCUCCUGUGCGAUGUCUUGUAUCUGAAGUGCAAAAUACUGCUUGUGGAGGUGAAUUCACUGUGUGGUUAUCUUCUAUUGAAGGAGCUUCUAUACUUACUGCUGGACUUCCACAGUAUGGACAGCUUGGUCAUGGAACAGAUAAUGAGUACAACACAAAGGAUAGCUCAGUGAGACUUGCUUACGAAGCCCAACCACGCCCCAGAGCAAUUGCUUCCCUUGCUGGAGAAAAAAUUGUUAAAGUUGCAUGUGGAACAAAUCAUACAGUGGCUGUGGAUUCUAAUGGCUUUGUCUAUACAUGGGGCUUUGGCGGUUAUGGAAGACUCGGGCAUAGAGAGCAGAAGGAUGAAUGGGCCCCUCGACGUAUUGAUGUAUUCCAGAGGAAAAAUACUUUGCCUCCUGAUGCUAUCGUUUCAGCGGGGGCUAUGAACUCUUCUUGUACUGCAGGUGGAGGGCAGCUAUAUAUGUGGGGAAAAAUAAAAAAUGCUGGAGAUGACUGGAUGUAUCCCAAACCUCUCAUGGAUUUAAGGUUUUGCUCCGCUAUAUGUUGCUCUAUUGGAUGGAAUAUAAGAUGCAUGGAUUCGGGCAACAUGCACCAUUUUGUGGGUGCCGAUAACUCGUGCAUUAGUUGGGGUCAUGCACAAUAUGGAGAGCUUGGAUAUGGCCCAAUGGGGCAGAAGUCUUCGGCAGUACCCAAAAAGGUUGAUAUCCUGGAGAACAUGCAUAUCAUAAGUGUUGCAUGUGGUGCUGGACAUUCUAUGGUGGUUGUUGAUAGAACAAAUGUAGCUGAUCGACUUGCUCAGCUUGAUAUACACGAUGGCAAAGCUUUUGAUGAAGAGAAUGCGGUAUCGGAUCCGAUACCACAGAGUAAAGGUUCAGCCAUCAAGUCAACUCCAAAGGCUGCUAAAGCAUCUCAGAAUGCGAAAAAGAGGAAGAAAUCAAAAGAUUCAACAGACUCGGAGGAAGAAGAGGGGGAAAAUGAAGAUGAUGACAGUAGCGAUGAAGAGGCCAAUGGGCUAUCAGAUACGAGUGAACAGUAUGGAAGCAAAAGUAAGGGUAGAGGUAGCAGAAAGGGUGGUAAAAAGUCAUCCAGUGGCGGGAACGGCAUGGGUCGUGGACGGGGUCGUCCCCCAUCGAACAACAAGAAACCAGCAGCUUCUCAAGGAAAAGCAGUAGGAGCUAAGAGAGGCAGACCUCGGAAGACAUGAAGCCAUCCGUCAUAGUGUAGGUUUAAUUGGUGACCCUUCAAUUAAAAUGAAUUCAACCAUCUAUUACACCAGACGAUAUAUCUGCAGUUUUGAGAUUAUUUCCCCACCAUUUAUUUUCAAUGAUAUGAUUAUCCAGAGAUGUACACUAACUUACCUGAUGACAUUGAUUGUUCAGAACUUCAGCAAGACUUUUAUUUUUGAGUUUUGAAGGUAUAUCGAGUGUAAAAACAUUUCGAAAUUUUUAGAGCUAAAUGGAAAGUCUCUUUCACGUGAUUGUUCUGAGAA